UGAAGUGCGUUUCGAGUGAUUAGUCUUCAUUAAACUGUUGAAGGAUCGCCUAUCCGUCGGCCAUUACUCAUUCACUUCAUCUAAUCUAAUCUUAAUGAGUUUUUAUCCUUAAUUUCAGUGGCGAAGUGGUAAAUUGCGAUAAGUCGAGUUUAAAAAAUGUCUUAAUUACCGUUUUAUCUCGAAAAUUAUCGAUUUCAGGUGAAAACGCCAAAGAAAUUUUUUGUAGCGAAUUACAUUUCCGACAAAAAAAGUCCUGCAGUGUUCACUCGUAGAAUCAAUAGUUUUAUGGAUUAUUCGAUAUUUAUUAAAAUAUAAAAAUUUGAAAACGAAAUAAUCGGAAGAAUUAUUAUUAUAUUAAUGUUUAUUGACUUGUUCAUCGAAUCCUCGUCGAUCCGUCAUCCUUGAAAUGUACUAUGGAAAGAGGGGAAUGGGGGGCGGCGGAGGGCUACAAGCCACGGAACUCCGGCGACAGUACCUGGUGCCAUCAAAAACCGAUGAAUACGAGGAAUCAUCAAUAAAGGAUAAUGGAGAUAUCGGGGAUAAUGAUGCCUAUCAAGGGGCAGCAGUCGGUAUUGCAUCCGGCCAGCCGACUUGUAUUGCUCGAAUUAGUGGACGUGACAGACGUAGAACGUCCGAUAUUAAGGACAAUACGUGGUCACAAUUACUUGAGGAGAAACUUGAAGACGGAAGGAGACGACGAAGACGACGCGGAAGACGACGGGGGCGGAGUUGUGAGCCAAUUAAACUUGAAAUCAGUGGUACGAUGAGAGAGGGCAAAGGUAAUGGCGAGUGGCAGGAGGUGAAUGAUAAUUUUCAAGUUGCUACGGAGAAGACUAGGAGAAUUGAUAAGGACAGCUCCAAGGGACUUAGACAAAUGACGGAAAUGGCUGUUGGUACAUUGCUACUUGGUGUUGUCCUCCUCGUUACACCAGGUCUUUGUCACCAGGACGCAGUCCACAUAACUGCGAUACUUGGUGAAAGUGUGGUCUUCAAUUGUCACGUUGAGUUUCCUGGUGAGCAUCCAGUGCCCUACGUUCUCCAAUGGGAGAAGAAGGUAGGCGACACGGAGAUACCUAUAUACAUAUGGUACGAGUCGUAUCCAACACAUAGUGGAGAAGGAUAUGAAGGGCGUGUGUCCAGGGUGAGCCCUAAUUCACCUUAUGGAUCGGCAAGUCUCAAUCUAACGAAUAUACGAGAGAGUGAUCAAGGAUGGUACGAGUGCAAAGUCGUAUUUCUAAAUCGAUCACCCAACAGCCCAAAAAAUGGCACGUGGUUUCAUCUGGAUGUUCAUGCUCCACCGAGAUUCACCAUGACCCCGGAGGAGAUGAUCUACGUGAAUCUGGGUGAUGCUAUCAUUCUCAAUUGUCAGGCUGAGGGUACACCCACACCUGAAAUAGUAUGGUACAAAGAUGCCAAUCCUGUAGCAACAUCCAAUACCAUCGGUAUAUUCAACGAGGGUACUGAACUCAGGAUCUCGUCAAUCAAGACCGAGGACAUUGGUGACUACACAUGCAUUGCAAGAAAUGGAGAGGGCCAGAUCAGCCACACCACCAGAGUUGUCAUUGCCGGUGGAGCAGUCAUCAUGGUUGCGCCGACCAAUCAGACUAAACUCGAGGGUGAAAAGGCGCAAUUUCCCUGCGAAGCUAAAGCAUUACCUGGUAAUGUGACGGUACGGUGGUUUCGCGAGGGUGCGCCAGUGACCGAGGUCUCUGAACUCGACACAAGAGUGUCCAUCCGGAAAGAUGGUAGCCUCGUAAUUAAUCCAGUGAGUGCAGACGACACUGGUCAAUACCUGUGCGAGGUCACUAAUGGUAUUGGCGAGCCCCAGAGUGCAAGCGCCUAUCUCAACGUCGAGUACCCAGCAAAAGUGACAUUCACACCGACAGUCCAGUACCUGCCAUUUCGAUUGGCGGGUGUAGUUCAGUGCUACAUAAAAGCCAAUCCUCCCCUCCAAUACGUAACCUGGACCAAGGACAAGCGUCUCCUGGAGCCUUAUCAGACCAAGGACAUCGUGAUAAUGAACAAUGGCUCCCUUCUGUUUACCCGUGUAAACGAGAAUCACCAGGGAAAAUACACAUGUACACCGUACAAUGCCCACGGUACUCAGGGUGGUUCAGGACCAAUGGACGUACUUGUUAGAAAUCCACCGAUAUUUACUAUUGAGCCCGAGCCAAUGUACCAACGUAAAAUCGGUGAAACAGUGGAAAUGGCUUGUGAUGCACAGGAAGCUGAGGGCACCCAGAAACCGGCAAUUCAGUGGCAAAGGAGAAAUGGUGCACCCCUCGAGCGCAAUCGGGGAAAAAUUAUCGGUGGAAAUCUAACCAUUGAUAGCCUUAAACGAACAGACUUUGGUUAUUAUCAGUGUGUUGCCUCAAAUGAGGUAGCAACUAUUGUAUCAGCAACUCAAUUGAUUGUUGAAGGCUCACAACCGCAUGCGCCUUACAAUGUUACUGGUUCAGCAACACAAUUCACCGUUACCCUACAUUGGUUUCCGGGCUAUUCUGGUGGUCCAGAUUACAAACAAGAUUAUACUAUUUGGUACAGGAGGGCUGGUGUUACUGAGUGGACAACAAUACCGGUUACACCCUCCGGCAGGACAUCGGUUACUAUCAAUAAUCUAGCCCCUGGUACUCUCUACGAAUUUCAGGUCGUCGGAAAAAAUGCGAUUAGUGGUGGAAUGCUGAGUGCUGUAACGACAAUUAGAACGUUGGAGGCCGGUGUCAAUCCCCCCAACACGACACCUGCUACCGGGGGAGUUGCUUCAGAGAAUACCGGCCCCAAGCCAGGAUUCCCAAGGAAUCUCACCGUCACUGAGAUCAGUAAUGGGUUUUUGAUCACCUGGCAGCAUCCACUGGAGAGAGUGCAUCUUGUUCAGUACUACGAGAUUUAUUACAAAACUGAUGGGCCUUGGAAACCACUUAACAAGGGACAAAUUCGCUCCGAGGAGUCUAGUUAUCUGGUGAAAAAUUUAGUCGGUGGAAGAACCUAUUACUUCAAAGUUCGCGCUCACUCGGCAACGAAUUUUGUUGAGGGCGAAGUAACGAGAUUUCCAGUGCCGGCACGAGUCAAACACAAAGCUAUCACUGCCGGUGUCGUGGGUGGAAUAUUGUUCUUCAUUGUUGCUAUUAUCCUCAGCAUAUGUGCAGUGAAAAUAUGCAAUAAACGAAAGCGACGAAAACAAGAGAAAGAACUACUUUCAGCGUAUAACAUGGUAGCCUGCAGAGUCACUGACGCCCGCAACGGGGCUGGACAGGGGCCGCAGGGAACAGUGCCUUUGAAAAAAUCUAGAAAAAGCCGAGUACCAGGUUUAACCCUUCUCCGAGAGAUCCUGAACCCAGACAGCCCCGACUCCUGCAGAUGUCGCCCACUUGGUAAAAUAUCCCGAGCAGCUGACGGUCGUUUUGUGAUCGCCGAUUCACUAAUGAGUUCCGCCAACAACAGCAUAAUGGACGCCUCCAGCUCGGACGACGGUGGCUUUCUCCCCAAGAAAAGCCGUCUCAAGUCCUCGUGGCGGCGUCCCCUGGUCGGCACAAGUCAGCUGAGCCUGCGUUCAGACAACAGCGGUGUCUCCCUGGGUAUUCCAAACCGAGCGAUGGGAUACCUGAGCAAUCACCUCAGCAACCUGAUCAAUCCCCUGGGAAAGCAGUCGAAAAUCUGCGCAAUCGCAUCACCAGGUUUUCUCGCGAGUUCACCGAACAGCGGUCAAAUCAUCUGGACGACAAAUCCCUCCCUCUACCUGACGGAUCUCAGCUCAGUGCGUCAGCCGUCAUCAGUUGAGCGUUCAUUUCCAACGAAUGAGCUGACGCCGGACUAUCAUCACCUCCAGCUGAAGAGUGUUCACCAGCGUUACAGCCAGGAGCUCCCCUCGCUCAAAGCAAUUCACGCUGAGUCAAGACGAUUUGUCCCAGUGCAGCCACUCGCUACUUCAUCGCCACCACAACCCGGUGGUAUACGGCCCCGAGCAAGAUUGCCCCCGAGACACGCAAGACACGCCCGCUCAGCUCCAGAACUAGCUGCAUCCCCUGAUCUUCACAUGACGGAAACCUCACCAGAGAGUAGAUCGAGUUCUUCAGGAUUCGGCAGCAAGAACACCAGUCAAACGCAGAAUCAGAGCUCGAGAAGUGGCAGUACUGUUGCUGAAUGGCGUCCUCCACCUUACAGACCACCACCUCCACCACUUCUUGGACGGUGGCUGGAGCUUCAGGAUCACCAGCAGAUACCCGUCAAGUUACCUCACAAUCAUGCACACAUUGCCGUCGAUGUCGGCAGUGUUGAUGGCCAUUAUGAAUUCGAUCCUGUCAGCUGUACACCGACGCCGACCUCUGCGUCGACACCCACUCGUGAGGAGAGGCCGCCUGUUCAUCAGAUUCACACGAUUCAUCUGCCCCACAUGCAUCAGGUGCACACCACCAAUACUGUUCAGAGUUCGAGAUACUCGAGGGACAAUAUCGAGGCUAGGGUGCAGGCUAUGAAGGCGGAGUUCCAUCAGUUCAGACAGAGACAGGCACGUCGACGACAGAGUGCACACCUGGAGAGCGCUUGCUGACGGUAGGUGAAGUUGGGUGGGCGGUCCGGUAGGUGGAGGGAGAGGAGAGGAAGGGUACUGGAAUUGUUGGAGGAGUGCGAUGACUCGGAGAGUGAUUGCUCACGCGAAAGUUGAGAAUGAUUUUGGCUUUGUACGUCAAUCGAUCGAUUCAUUCUACAGCUGAUCGAUCAGAGAGACUCUUCAAUCUUCACCACUUGGUUUACGCACCUCUCAUUGAACUAUUGAAGGAACUAAAUUAUGGUUAAUAGGUACUGGGCAUCGAGAGCUACAUCACUUGUAGUUGAAUUGGAAGAGAGAAUGGGCAUGUUUGACAGUGGGUGAUGUGAAUUGUGGAGUCAUCUAGCCUCACCACUUUGUCUGUGUGAUUGAACUACUGAAUAAAUACCCAACCACUAAUUGACACGUAUUGACAACUCAAGAUAUAAGGUGAAAAUUAAUAUCAUGAAUAUGAUACAUCAGUAUGAUCUACGCAGAUACAUUACACGAGUCAUCUGUGAAGCAAUGAUUAGACAGAGUUAAUUCGGAUUUAAUGAUCAUGAGAAUAAAUGUUCCGUCUAGACCGGGACAGCAGUUAUUUCAGUAGUUUUAAAUAAUAAAGUUAAACAGAACAUUAAUUAACAGUGAAUAAUGGAUACGUCGAGUACUCGGGUGUUCACAUUGGCUCUAUAAUAACCAAAUGAGACUUUUUUAAUGGUGGCAUCAACAACUCAUAUCGAAUUUGGUAAUUAAUCUCGGCUAUCACAUGAUUAUACAAUUGGCUCAAAGAAACUCUUGAAGUGAAAGGAGUUGUGGAUACAUAUGACAGACGACAAAGCUACUCUCAAUUAAUGAAAUUAUUAAUGUUACUUCAUAAUUAUUGCGUGUGAAGUGUUUCCGGUGGCUCAACGUUAACACUUCAGCGGCAAUAAAGAAUUAUGCAAUAACACAACGUGAAGGCUGAAAAUGCCCCCAAAGAAUAAGCGCAAAGAUUAAUGACACAAUGAUGUACAACAACAUUUAAUCGAGAUGCAAUGUUAAAUUUAAUCAUUUAAUCAAUCAUCGAUCAACGGAGGAACAUACGAUUACAUUACUCACAAGUUGAGGAAAACAAUUAAAGGUAAUUAAUUAAUCGAUGAGCAAUGGACUCGAAACGUGAUAUUAGGCCGAAGCUUGCCUCGAGAUUGCUUAAGGACUCACUCGUACUGCACUGCCUAUUUAGGGUUUCGCUAGUAACCCAACAUAUUAUCGGCACAAUAAUUUUUCUUAAGCAACGUAAAUUAAUAUUAUAAUUAAUAAAUUAUGACAUAAUGUGUUUUAAUGGAGACAGGAAAAGAUGAUUGAGAAAAUUAAUAAAAACUUGGGUCAUUGCAUGGUCGGUCUCGGUUAUUUUUUAUUUUUUAUUUUGCGAUUUUAAAACCACCCUUGAGGUUUUAUUUCGCAGGAUCUGCCAAUUUUAAAUGCGGCUGUCACAAUCAGCACUUGUUCCCGCUCAUCGUUUUUCGAUUGUGUUAAUGGGAAAAUUUGAGGUACUUACCACUUAUUUAUAACUUCCAUGGCCGAUAAUCAGUAUUUGACAAUGACAUUCGUCCAGGUGUACUUGAUGUUUCGGGUGAAUUGUGACGAAAGAUAAGAAAUCAUUGUUUUUUUAUUUAUUUAUUUUUUUUUAAGUUGUGAAUAUUCUAAUUACGCACUCCCAGUGAUCGAGAGAUGAAGAGCACUUGAUAUUCAUUCAGAGCUGAUGGGGGGAAUUCAAAUUUUAGUCCACUGGUGCAUCGAUUAUCUUGUUUGGAAUGCUCUCAUCACAAUUCACACGAUUUUGUUUUAAACGUUGAGAGGCUGACCUGCGAAAUGAAUGCUGUGUAUUAAAUGAAGAUAACUAUGCGCACUUCGACACGCAUAAAUAAAUGAAACUUAAUUAUUCUUCAAAUAUCCCACCUAAACUCUCACCAAACGCAUUGUAAUUACAAUCAUAACGUCGAGUCGAUGGAGAGAAUGGCUAUUUGAAAAUAAAUGCUGUUACUAUGAUUUAAAAAAGGGCGGAAUUAAAUUAUCACAAGUUAUUUAAUUAAUCACUAACCGAAUCUUCAGUUAAUGUUCCCAGUAAAUUGACUCUUCUGUUCACAGAGUAAAUGAAUAAUCACAAAUAGCCAUUUCCCCACCGACUCCCAAGCAUUUUAAUUUCUUUUCAUAUAGUACAAACAUUUUAUUUAUAUUAAAUGAAAAAAAAACACUAUACAUAUAUAUAAAUACGUAACAGAAAAAUAAAUAAUUAUAAAGGAAGAUUAGUAAGGGUUCUACACAAUUAAAAACUGUAUGCUGCGAUAAGCACAAUGAUGCAGUCAAUGAAAUACUGUAUUAUUAACUGUAAAACGGCGGAGGAAAUAAAGAAAUAUGAAAAGAAUGUAAGAGCACAGUGAAAAUGGUAAUGCGAGGAUGAAACUACCGAGUGAUGAAUUAAAUAAUGAGAUUAAACAAAAACUGUUAACGAAAUUACGAGGCAAGUGAUGAGAAGACGUGAGAGAGAUCGAGAGAGUGUGUGAGAGAGAGAGAGAGAGAGGGAAAAACACAAGAGUACCAAUAUUCUAAAGUAAUUCUAAUAACUGAAUUAAUAAUUUGAUAAUUAAUUGAUAUUGUAAAUCGUAACGAUAUAGCCUGUAGCGUAUUAAUCAACGAGACGACGGAAGCAGGGAUGAAAAAAUAAUGAUGAUGUGUUUUUAAUAUGAAAAAAAAUGGCAUUAACGACUGUUCAUUGUCGAUUUAUUGCCGAUUGCCGUUGUAUCAUACUUAUUAUUAUUAAAACAUAGUUAACUAUAAUAAUAUAUUUGAUUAUUCGUAUUGAUGGUCCAGCGUGGUCCCGAUACUUUGCGUGCAAUUUUAUUUUUUUAGAUUUUUGAUUUAUUAUUUAAUAUUAUUAUGAAUAGUAUUAUUGGUUGGAAAUUGUCAAUCAUGCCGAUUUGAUAUCGAUUCUGCUCGACUGAUUCAUCCAUCGGUUUACGUUUAUUUGUUAGUUAUUUAAUGUGUUGAGUUGAAAAAGUAUUUAGCUUGACGCAAAAUCUCGGGACGACGAUGAGAAAUAUAAAAUGAGGAGAGCGAAGGAUUACGUCGCACUGUGAAAAGGGCUGUGAGCCUUUUUUGGUUGCGUCGUUGGUCUCCAAUUUGUUUAGACAAGUAGUCUGAUAAGUCAAGUGUAGAUAUAUCAUAUAGUUAGAAGGAACAAAAAGGAUCUCAAGAGGACACACGUGAAUCGCUAAAUCUUCUGGUUACCGUACCAUUAUUUUCAGUUCUUCACGUUCUUUUUUAUUUUGGCUGAUGAUUGGUUUCUUUCUUUAUUGUGAAAUAUAAUUUUCUACUUCUGAUUGAA